UCUAGUGUUACAAAUCGGUAUGAUUUCGUUACAGUUCUUUAGUUUGAUGCCUAAGGUAAACAUCACUUUAGUUUUCAAAGGAAGCUGUUAGAUGACUGCAAGAGUUACCUGUUGAAUCAAAGUGGCCUGAGUAAAACGGUUGUUGCAGGGAGGGAAAAUAUUGGAUUGUAGUCAAGAAGUCGACUGCGAUGGCAUUACAAUACAGUGGGCUACCAGACACCUAUAUUGAAGGAUACCAUAAUGCAAGCAUGGUAAAAAAGAUGGAAUACAGAGUGCUUGGUGACACUGGAUUGGCUGUAUCUAAGCUGGGCUUUGGUGUUUCAGCUCUUGGGAGUGUAUUUCGACCAACAAUAGACAGUGAAGGGAUGGCAGUUGUUGAGGCUGCAGUAAAAGCUGGGAUAAAUUGGUUUGAUGCUGCUCCCUGGUAUGGCCAUGGUAAGGGAGAGACAGUCUUUGGACGAGCCCUUGUUAGUAAACGGAUUCCAAGAGAGGCUAUAUACGUUUCAACCAAGGUAGGCCGAUACUUACCAGAGGUUGACAAAAUGUUCGAUUUUAGAGCUGAGCGUGUUAUUCAAAGUGUCGAUGAAAGCCUUCAGAGAAUGGGUCUUGACUAUGUCGAUCUUAUUCAAAUUCACGACAUGGAAUUCGCUCCAUCAUUAGAUAUAAUAUUGAGUGAAACUCUGCCUGCUCUCCAAAAGGUGAAAGAAUCUGGGAAGGCAAAAUUCAUUGGAAUCACUGGCUACCCUUUGGAGAAUUUUAGGACAAUCCUUGAAAAAAGCACUGUAAAGAUCGACACAGUGAUGACUUAUUGUCAUUUUUGCUUGAAUGACACCUCACUGGCUGACUAUUUGUCAUACUUCAAGGAAAAGGGUGUCGGUGUUCUAAAUGCUUCCCCAAAUGGAAUGGGUUUACUAACGCACAGGGGACCGCCAGACUGGCACCCUGCAAUGGAUGACAUCAAAUCAUCUUGCAAACAGGCAGCUGACUACUGCAAGACCCAAGGCGUGGAUAUAUCAAGACUUGCUGUUCAUUUCACUUGUGCCAACCCGGAUAUACCGACUACCCUUGUCAGUACAGCAAGCACAAAGAAUUUUGAAACCAACUUUAAAGCUGCGUGUGAAGCACUUACCCCAAAAGAGCAAAGCUGCUUAAAUUUUGUAUUGGAGACGUAUUUUAAACCACUGAAAAACAAAACAUGGGAGGGUGUUGAAGUAAGAAAAUACAAAGAGAAGUUAUGGAGGAAGAAAAAUGAAAGAGACAGCCUGGAGAUUCUUGAUGAAAUCAUCAAUUCAUAAAAUGGACAGUACAAAAAAGAUAGAUUUGAUAUUUCCUAAUUUAUGAUCGAAUGCUUUAAGUCUUUUAUAUAUAUAUAUAUAAGUAUGUAUAUGAAAUUUGUCAUUUGUAUAAUUGUAAAGUCUAUGUAGUCUACAGAAGCAAUUAUUAUAUCUAUCAAGAAACUAGAAUAUUCAUUUUUAAACUUAAGUAAAUGACGUGUCUGUAAGAUGUCUGAAUUUUGGUAUUCAAUUUUGGUAUUUUGAGUUUUCAAAAUUCCUUGUCUUCAUGUGAAUUUUAAGUAACAAUUAAAUUUGGUUAUAAAGAUCUCAGAAGACACUUUUUAACAUGUAAAGGAUCAACUCAAUGAGACAUCAUCUUUUUAAUCGUAUUAUCAAAUUUAAGUAAGAUAUCAUAAAAUUAAUUUCUGAGGUCCUCGACGGUACUAUAGUUGCUGCAUACCUGCAUUAUUUUCAUUGCUUAUAGUGGUUGAAAGAAAACAAAGAGUUUAGGCCUUUUUCGAGCACUGCUUUCCUUAUAACGUACUUCCUUAAAAAUGCCUGUAUAUUCCUAAAUCGAUGCAGUUAUAUUUUCCAAUGAUUUUCAUGAUUUUAAAGUUAUAUACACGCAAUUAUUGUAUAAAUUCUAUUCUAAAUAAUAAUUUUAACAGAUAUAGUAAAUUUUGA